ACAGAGAUCUCAGGCUGUAGUUUGUGCCCACCAGGGCAGUUCUGUGGAACUGUUGGGCUAAGCAGGCCAUCAGGGCCAUGCCAGGAGGGAUUCUAUUGUCCUGGCGGUGCUAUUUCCUAUACAGGUGCUGGCACAGAGGGUGGACUCUGUCCCCAAGCACACUACUGCCCACUAGGCAGUGUUAUGCCUCUUCCAUGUCCAGCUGGUACCUACACUAACCUUACUGGACAAAUUAAAUGUAGUGUCUGCCAUGCUGGAUACUACUGCCCAGAGAGUACCAGCAACUACACAAAGUUCCCAUGCCCUCCUGGAUUCUACUGUCCUGAAGGCACAAGGCAUGCCACCCAGUUCCCAUGCCCAAGAGGCUACUAUAAUCCUGAGCCUAUGACCCAGAGCUUGGACAGUUGCCUGCCCUGCUUGCCAGGCCACUACUGUGAGAAGGAAAGACUAACAGCUGUGUCUGGGAAAUGCAAAGCUGGCUGGUUUUGUGUCUCCGCAGCCUGGAACCCUCAACCCUUUGAUCUGGACAACUACACCAGUGCUAACUGUCUGUGUCCAGCCUCCUCCACUGGGGGAAGAUGUCAGACAGGGUUUUUCUGCCCAGCAGGCAGCUCCGAGCCAUUACCCUGCUCUCCUGGAGCCUUCUGUAAUGCCACAGGUUUGGCUUUGCCUAGUGGUCCCUGUGCUGCAGGUUAUUAUUGCGCUGGGGAAGCAACUCAGUCUAAACCAACAGAUGGCAUCACUGGUGAUAUUUGUCCUCCUGGCUCCUAUUGUGAUGAAGGCUCUAGAGGACCAGAGCCAUGUCCAGCUGGAACAUUCUCUGCAGUGGCAGGUUUAAAACAUCGUUCUCAGUGUCAGUCAUGCAGAGCCGGAUACUACUGCAGUACGCGAGGCCUGAGAGCUCCUACUGCACCUUGCAGUCAGGGUUAUUGGUGUCCCCUUGGUCAGACUGACGACCUAGCUCUACCUUGUCCGCUCGGUCAUCAAUGUCCCUCAGGAAGCCCUGUCCCAGUUAUCUGCCCCUCUGGGACUUACCAGGACAAGCAGAAGCAGGCCAACUGCACAGUCUGUGAAGAGGGUUUUUACUGUGAUGAGAGCUUCAGAGUCAAUAAUGUAUCUGUCCGGCAGUUAUGCCCAAAAGGAUAUUACUGCCCUACAGGAACCCGCUAUGCCACUCAGUUUCCUUGUCCUGCUGGAACCUACAACCCAAAAUAUGGCAUGAACAGCCUUCUCAGCUGUCUUCUGUGCCCAGUAGGACACUUUUGCCCAUUUGAAGGCUUAGCAGAGCCUGCAGGAUUGUGCAUGUCUGGAUACUGGUGCAAAGAGGGAUCCCACUCGGCCAGUCCUUCUGCUGGAUCCUCAGGAUCACUUUGUCCAGUUGGAUACUUCUGUCCUAAAGGUACAACCAACCCAGUGCCAUGUCCAUUAGGCACCCUGUCAAACAUCACCGGUCAGAAGAGUGAACAUGAGUGCCAGCCAUGCCCUGGAGGAUUUUACUGUGCCAGCACUGCCCUGUCGCUGCCCACUGGAUACUGCUCUGCAGGAUUUUAUUGCAUUGAGAACGCAACAACCUCCAUGCCUACUGAUGGGACCUUAGGAAACGUGUGCCCACAGGGCCAUUACUGUCCGAUUGGAACUGCUCGACCUGUGCCAUGCGAUCUAGGGACAUUUAUGACUUCAACACAGGCCUCUCAGUGCUGGCCCUGCACUGCUGGCUGGUACUGUGUUAAUGGGGCUCGGUUACCAUGUCCACAAGGUUUUUACUGUCCAGAGGAGACAGCGUAUGAGUGGAGAGCUUGUCCACUGGGAACGUACAGUCCAGUCUCUGGCCUAAGUGAUCUCUCCCAGUGUAGGAAAUGUGAUGGAGGACACUAUUGCUCUUAUCAGAAUUCCACCGCUGUCUCUGGACAGUGCUCUGCUGGAUAUUACUGCACACGUGGAAACACCUCACCACAGCCGCUCACCUUGUCCACAGGAGAUGGUGGACCCUGUCCUGCAGGUCAUUUCUGUCUAGAAGGAACUUCUGACCCCCAGCCUUGUCCAGUGGGGACUUUUAGUAAUAGGACCAAAUUAACUUCAGAGGACCAGUGUAUUCCCUGCUCUCCUGGUCAUUACUGUGACACACCGGGGCUCACUGCUCCCAAAGGGGAAUGUUGGGAGGGUUUCUACUGCAGCCAAGGAGCCUUGCUGCCCAAUUCAGUAAUCAGAGACCACAGAGGAGGGCCAUGUCCUGCAGGCUAUUUUUGUCCUAGAGGAUCCAGUGUUCCCCAGUCCUGUCCACAAGGAUUCAUAAGCAACAGUGAAGGACAAGCCACCUGUAACCUCUGUCCCCAGGGCUACUACUGCCUGGCUCAUGACUCUCUCACUGAAGCCAGAGACUGCCCAGUGGGUCAUUACUGUCCACCAGGCACAUCCCUAAAAAAUCAGUAUCCCUGUCCUGCAGGGACGAUUAAUCCUUAUACAAGAAUGGACAGUGCAGAUGACUGUUUACCAUGCACUCCAGGCUUUUUCUGCAAAGCUCUGGGUCAGAGUGCCCCAUUUGGACCAUGUGGAGCAGGACAUUUUUGCCUAUCUGGGGCUGUGUCCCCAACACCUGAAGAUGGAGUGACUGGGGACCAAUGUCCUCACGGUCAUUACUGUCUUGUGGGCUCCUCUGUUCCACUGCCCUGUCCAUCUGGCCACUACAGCAACAGCAGCAAGAACACAGAGCUCUCAGCCUGUUUGCCAUGCCCUGCUGGAUUUGCAUGCUCCAGCAGGGGGCUCUCUGCUCCUUCUCAUGUCUGCCAAGCUGGCUAUUACUGCCCACAAGCUAUCAAAGCCUACACACACAGGUUAGCAGAGGUUUAA